AUGUCGAUUGAUAUCAACUGGGACACACUGACUGGUGGUCCAGAUGGCCCUGGUCGUGCAGAAGCUAUACGUGCCUUCAUCCAUGACAGAUUCCAGCAGGUGACGUUGCCUCGCUUCAUUCGCUCCGUCCACGUCCACUCGUUCGACUUCGGUAGCGUGCCUCCGGAGCUUGAGAUCAAGGACAUCUGCGACCCACUCCCAGACUUCUACGAAGAGGACGAAGACGUUCCAGGCGGUGAUGGGCUUGCAGAUGACACUUCAGAUCUCGAUGAGCAACAGCACCAUCAAGCCAAUGCACCCAAUCACGCUGCCAAAGAGCCCCCGUCGAAAGAGGCAGGAGCAGAUGCGUCGCACCCGGGCAGGAACAUGAUAGAACAUGGCCAUCAAACUCCGUCACAUACCAACACUAGGACACGUACCAAUCGUGCGCUGUAUGGCCCCAAUGAAACGCUACAGAGCCCUUUUCUUUCUGGAGCGCCCACGCCAGGCAUUCCUGGCGGCACCUCGAACAUGAAUUAUUUUCAUCUGCCUUUGGGUGCAGGUCUAUCGGGUGCUACCACUCCUCUCGCUGCUGUAGCUGGCGCACAACUCCAGGGUUGGCUUGAAAACCCUUAUGGUCGGCCUUCCACACCGACCAAUAUGCGUCUGCGCCAUGCUGCAUCGACAAACUCACUCACCUUGACACCGCAGUCCAAUCCUGAUCCUGGCACACGUCCGUCUUCACGACAUCUCACUGAGGAAGGGAAAAGGCAGUCCCUUGCUGAACCAGAUGAUGUAUCUCACCGUAGCUAUGACCGGACUCCAUCUGCGGCAACGCAUCGCAUGCGGGAAAAGAGUGCAGAUGACAUUCAGGUAGUGGCACAUGUGCGGUACUCCGGAGACAUCAAAAUGUCGCUAACCGCGGAAAUUUUGUUGGACUACCCGAUGCCCAGCUUUGUUGGCAUUCCUCUCAAGUUGAACAUUACUGGGCUCACUUUCGAUGGCGUAGCUAUUCUCGCGUACAUCAAGAAGCGAGCACACUUUUGCUUCCUCUCGCCUGACGAUGCCGAUGCUCUAGUUGGUAGUGAUACCGCCUUCCAGGGACUACAAACUGAUGCACAAGGUUACAACCCUCAGCCUGUACAGCGUCCCACAAUCGGAGGCCUUCUCGAGAACAUCAAGGUGGAGAGCGAGAUCGGAGGACAGGGCAGUGGCAAGCAGGUACUCAAGAACGUUGGAAAAGUGGAGUCGUUUGUUCUUGAGCAGGUCAGGCGCAUCUUCGAAGAUGAAUUCGUAUACCCCAGUUUCUGGACAUUCCUCGUCUGA